AUGGGCUGCCUGGGGAGGAAAACCCUGCCUUUCUUCCUCAUUUUUGUGCCCAUAUAUCUAUGUGGGGCUUUGUUGCAAGAAACCGCACCUGAGAGGCAAAGAAAACCAUUCCUUGAGAGGCUCUGUAGACUAGAAGCACAGUUUUGGAGGUUCCAAGAGGCAACCCUAAAGCACCUGCAGGGCAUCGCCAGCAACUACAACCUGUCCUUCAUCAUGGAGGCCUGGUUCUGGAGCCUGGCCCACGAGAGCCAGGCCGUGGCCCUGGCACUCAGCCAGCUGCAGGCCGCCGUGCAGGGCGACCUGGGCCACCUCAAGACCUGGGUGUGGAAGACUCAGUGCAGAGGCCAGAAGGUGGACAACAGGCUGCUGGCCUUGGGCGCCGCCCUGAGUGAGAGGAGCAAGCAGCGCGCCCAGGAGAGGAAGGGGCAGGAGGAGCAGAGGAACGCCCUCUUGCUGGCCCUGGACGUGCGGGCCGUGCACGGCAUGCUGGCUCGCCUGAUGCCCCUCGUCCAGAGCCAGGGCGCCAGGCUGGCAGCUUUCAAGGGGCGGCUGCAAGUAGCCAGCCCUGGCACCGCCGCCCUGCGCGUGACCCCGGCCCCACCUAGACCAUCGAGCCCAAGCUCCCCACAGCUGCAGGCCUCCAGUCCCCUCCAGGAGGACUUCUCCCCAGGCUUAGCGGAGAAGACACUGCUUUACACCCCACAAAACCCGCCCUCAAAGAAAGGAACCGUCCAGGUGAUGACCUGCCUGCAGGGCUGGUGGGGUCCCAAGGACGUCCUCAGCCGUAGCCAGCAGGAACCCUCUCUGCAGGGCCCUGGCCUGCAUCCCAUGGGGUCUGUGCCCACCAAUGGAGGCCCCCCGGCCUUUGCAAAGCCGGUUCUGCUUUGCCACCUCUCAUCUCCAGUUUGCAACGUGGGCCCUGCACUCAUCUUUCCGAACGCGUCCACUGUGAAUGUGAUCUUCUCGCCCGGCUUCUUCACUGGCCUACGGGCCCUGUCUGUCUGCAGCUGGGUCUGCACAGCCUUGGGCCACCUGGGCACCCUCCUCUCGUACACCAGCAAAGAAAAUGACAAGCUGGUUCUGCAUGGCCGAGACUCCCUGCCCCCCGGCUCCAUCCACUCUGUGAUUGGAGACCCGGCCUUCAGGGAGCUGCCCCUCCAGCCACUGCCAGACAGCUGUUGGCACCAUGUGUGUGUCAUCUGGACGUCCAUUCUGGGCCUGGGCAGGUACUGGCUCCACAUGGGCCGAAGGCUAGUGGCCACUGGCUCCCGCUUUGGGGAAGGCUAUGAGAUUCCUCCGGGGGGCUCCCUCAUGCUAGGCCAGGAGCACGAGAGCAUUGGGGGCGGGUUUGAUGGCCCUGAGGCCUUUGUGGGGAGCCUAGCAGGCCUGGCCAUAUGGCACCGGGUGCUGGUCCCCAGGGAGGUCUCAAACCUGGCCACUGGGAAGGAGUUCCUGAUGGGUGCCAUCCUAACACUGGCCAACGCCGCAUCGGUAGACGGAUUCGUGCAAAGGGUGAACUGCACCUGCCUACAGCUCUGUUCCUGA